ACUACGUCACGAUGACGUGUCCUGCAGGGCUCUCAAACACAAGCAGCCAGUCACGUCUGAAAAUUGUUCUGGUUCCUCUGCAAUCUACCUCUGAACACACAUGAUUCUGUACUGUGGGGCCGGGUAUUGCAGGGACACAUGUUCAGCAGUGUAUGUACGAGUCAGCUUUCUACAAAUGUGACCUUAAAGCGGUUAGCGGCGUCUGCUAGCAGCGAGCUAAACGGCAGUUGCGUUCACGGUCCGGUGUUGGGGUGGGAAAAAGGAACCACCGAGUUGUUUUGAAAGAGUUCCGUCGGUGUUGCGGGAGCAGGUGCGAGGGAACACCGAGACCGGGCUCGUCCAGUCGUCGAUACUGAAAUAAACGGAUAAUGGCCCGUAAUCCCGCGGCGAGCCGGGCCUGCCGGGAAGACCAUGGGGAGGACGGAGCCAGAAACGUGUCCGGCUCGGAGUGCGGGGCUGAGAGCUGGUCGCGGCUGCACGGCAGCAGGGACCAGGACCAGCGGGCGGCGGCUCUGCAGGAGGUCGGGGCUCUGCUGGGUCUGGGCUCGGACCGGCUCCUGCAGCUGCUGCGGCUGUCCGGGUCCGGCCCGCUGCAGGAGGUCCGGCUGCAGGCCGCGGAGCUGCUCCGAACCGCAGAGAAAGGAGGAGUUGACGUUCCCCAAGCCUUGGCUUCUGGGCCAAGCGCCUUCAUUCCUGCUAAAGAGAUACAGAUAGAGGGGCCACACAGGGACAUCCUCAUAGAGUCUUUUCUCUCCCUGGGCCGGGUGGAUCAUCUCACGAUGGUCAUGGCACUCCAUCCGGCGUAUCUCAGCUGCUUCCUGAGGACCCAGCAUGCUUUGUUGGAGCUGGACGGCCCUUUGCCUCGUCACUGGAGACAUUACAUUUCCAUUAUGGCUGCAGCUCGUCAUCACUGCUCAUACCUGGUUCAGCAGCACAGCGCCGGCUUCCUGGAGGCCGGAGGUGAGGAAAGCUGGCUAAGAAACCUCAAGCACACUCCUGAAAAACUUCACAGCCUGCAAACACUGAACAAGCUGCUGGCACACAGGCCCUGGCUCAUUACACAGCAGCACAUUGAGGAGUUGGUGUGUCCUGGAGCGGAGCCUCGCUGGUCGCUGGCUGAGCUGAUCCACGCCGUGAUUCUGAUGGCACACACUCACUCGCUUUGCUCCUUCGUGUGGGGCUGCGGUUUAAACGCUGAACCUGAUCACGUUGGCGGUUACACCUUCCAGCCGCCAUCGCCCACGCACCUUCCCCGUAGCCCUCAUAGCCCCGCUCCCGAAGACGGCAGGCAAGAGCUGGUGGACGGAGCGGUGGAGGUGGAGGUGCUGAUGAAGAGAAUGGUGGAGCUGCAGCAGCAGCAAGAGGAAGAGUGCACGCAGGAGGAGAUGGUCUCUCGAUUCGAGCGGGAGAGGAGCGAGAGCAUACCGACAGCGGUGGUGCGAGGAGCUCCCCCUGACAGGAUGCUGUGUCUGGUGGAGGAACCAGAGUUCAGAUAUGAGGACUUUUCACCCAGAGGAGAGCAGUCACCCCCAACCAUGAGAGCACAGGACUACUCGUGGGAGGACCAUGGCUUCUCCCUGGUCAACAGACUGUUGCCAGACAUGGGACAGCUCCUGGAUGAAAAGUUUCAGGUUGUCAGCAACUUGACCUACCACAGGAUGGCCACGCACGAAGGCGUGGAUACUUGCACUCUGAGGAAAGCUCUUUGGAACUACAUCCACUGUCUCUACGGUAUACGCUAUGACGACUAUGACUACGGCAGCGUGAAUGUGCUGCUGCAGCGCUCACUCAAGUUAUUCGUUAAGACCAUGGCCUGCCACCCCGAGCAGACCACGGCACAGAUUUACCAUACCUUCUGGAGACACUUCAAACACUCUGAAAAGGUACAUGCAAACCUAAUAGUGAUGGAAGCACGGUUACAGGCAGCCCUUCUCUACACCUUACGAGCCAUUACACACUACAUGCGAUGACGUUCUGACCCUUACAUUAUUGCAGAGGCUGAGCCAGCUGUGAUAUACCACAGCCGUAACAAUAUUGUACACACACUACGGUGAAUGUUUGCAUAAGCAUAUCGUGUUUUUCAGUAUUAGUGUUUCGAUGCUGCUUUGAGACUUGGAUGUAUUUAAAAUGUAUUAGUUCUUUUGCACUGAAAUCUAAGUUGUUUCCCCACUGGAGCCUUGAGUGUUUUUACAGACUAUCUUGCACAUGUUUCUGUCAUAUCGACAUACUUCACGCCUGAUGUGCCAGGACACUUUUCUUUGGCAUUAGUAAAUCAUUGUUGCAAUUCAGUUGUUACAAGCAUUGAAACUUUGUUGUUCAUCUGUCAAAUUCUUUGCAUCACACUGUUUGUCCUCUUGUCUGCAGUACAGCAGCUUAAAUAGGAGACAAAAAAUACCUGUAUUUUUUAUACACAAUAAAGAUAUUUUGUU